AUUGCCAUCAUCGGCGGCGGACCGAGUGGUCUACUCUUCGCCCGCCUUCUCGAGGUCAACGGAAUUACCGAUUACGUCGUCUAUGAGCGCGACGAAUCCGCAGUCCUCGGGCCAUGGCAGCAAGGAGGCACACUUGACCUCCGCCCUUCCUCAGGCCAGUUGGCGCUCCGCCGUGCCGGUUUGUUCGAUCGAUUCAGCAACGAAUUCGCCCGCUGGAAUGCCUCAUGCUUCCAUGUGCUCUACCCCAACGGGACCACUGCGGUGCGGUUUGACCAGGAAAGAGAUGCGCCGGAGAUCGACCGUCUGCAGCUCCGUCAGCUGCUGCUUGAGUCGAUCCCUGCGCAUAAGAUCCGCUGGGGCCAUGCUGUGAAAGCAGUGGAAAGAAGAGCUGAUGAAAGCCAAGAAGGCGACGACAACGGGUUGAUCAUAUCUGGUAAGCAGCUAAUUCCCUUACUGCAGAUCACGUCGGCGAAGCCUGUAUACUCAGGCAAGAUGUUUAUCGAAGGCAGAUUAUCACAGGACAAUCCCAGUUACGCCACAGCGAAAGAGCUCGUUGGACCAGGGAGCAUGUUCGCCGCCGGGCAACACAAGAAGAUCGCAGUGCAACAAGUUGCAGACGGGUCGUAUCGCGCCUACUUUGGGCUGACUGUCCCCGAAAGUUUCUAUCACCAUCGCGAAAGCAACGGCUCGGGAGAUGAUAGUCCUAUCAACCGGACAGAAGAGCUGCGCAAAUUGCUGCUCUCGGAUGCGUAUUUCGCUAGGUGGGCCCCGCAACUGAGGAAGUUCGUUGAGAAUGCUGAGGGGCCAUUCCGUGCUUGGCCCUUGUAUCGGAUGGAGCCAGAGAAGCUUCACUGGAGUGGAAAGCCUCCUGGGGUGACAUUGCUGGGCGAUGCAGCUCAUGUCUCUACGCCAUUCGUGGGAGAAGGGGUCAACUGCAGUAUGUAUGAUGCUGUGGUCUUGGCUGAUAGCAUCUUCAAGCAUUGCGGUGAGGGCGCCCACUUGGACGUAUCGAACGGAGAAGGAAUCAAUCGUGCUCGGGUGGAAUACGAGGAGAACAUGUUAGCGCGAGGACGAGAUUUGAUUGAGCGCAGCACCGCAAUGGAGGAGAUACUCUUCGCUUAUAAUGCGGUGGAC